AUGACUUCUCCCAAUAACCAAGCCGAGGAGGCCACCGUCACCAUUAAUGUUAAUGACUUGCGAGCUUCAAAAGAUGCGCCAAAGGCUUUUGUACCGUCGAAAGUCGUCGGAACCUUGGAAGAUGCCUCGGUCCUUGUGCGCCUCAUGGCCCUGCAGGCUUACAUUGCCGAUCUGACCAAGGCAACCCUUGAGCACUCUAACCGUCUCAUCAGCGGUGAUUCCAGCGUCAUUGACCUCCCUCCCGUCCCAGCGGCGUUGAGCGGUCAAUUUGAUGCCGUGAGCCCCGUAAUCCAGGCUGCGGGUAGCAAAAAGCGCAAGCGUGCCCCUGCUGACCCCAAUGCUCCCAAGCGCGCUUUGACCCCAUACUUCUUGUACAUGCAGCACACCCGCAAGCUCAUCGCUGAUGAGCUCGGUCCCGAUGCGAAGCCCAAGGAUGUUUCCGAUGAGGGAACUCGCCGCUGGAAGGCCAUGGACGCCGUCACCCGUGCUAUCUGGAAGGAUAAGUACGCUGAGAACUACCGCAACUACAAGGAGGUUCUGGAUGCGUACAAGACCGACAAGGCUAAGGAUGGCCCCAAGGCAGAGGUCGACGCCGACCCGGCUGAUCAGCUGAUGCUUGAUGCCGGUGCUUCUGAGGCCGAAUCUUCCAUUUCCUCCGAGGCAGAGUCUGAGGAGGAGGAGUCCCCCUCUCCCGUCCAGUCUGUCAAGGAGAAGACUCCUCCUCGUAGCACUAACAAGCGCACCCGCCGCAUCAGUGAGAACAAGGCCGCCACAAAGGAGACCCCCGCCAAGCAAACCUCUCCUGUGAAGAAGUCUCGUGGCAAGAAGGCCGACCCAGAGCCCAUCGUGCCCGAGUCUGCCGCAAAGCCUGCGACUGAGACCAAGCGCAAGAGCAAGAAGCGCAAGAGCGAGGCUUAA